UAAGUUGUACUGUUUAUUUCGGCCCUUCAAAAGCGCCCUUUAUACAACUAUUCCAUAUCUCUUCCCUUUGUUUAAUAACAGUUCAUUCGUUUUCUUUCUCUCCGGCACUACUGCGGUAGCCAAACCCCCUCUCGCCAGACACCUAUCACCACCUAACAACCAUCUUUGAGUUUUCUCUUUACCCUUUCCUUCUCCGCUGCCUCCAUUAUCUGUCGUCAGCACGCUUCAGCAGUCAAUUUUCUCUAUUUCUCCCUUGUCGCCGGCACGCUGCUACCAGAACCUGCAGAACUCCAUCUCGAGGUUGACACAGAACUCCAACUUCAACCAUGUCCGGGGAGGAGGAAGAAAAUGCUGCUGAGCUUAAAAUUGGAGAUGAGUUCUUAAAAGCCAAAUGUUUAAUGAAUUGUGAAGUUUCUCUAAUCCUUGAACAUAAAUAUGAGCAACUUCAACAGAUGUCCGAAGAUCCAACAAAUCAAGUUUCCCAAGUGUUUGAAAAGUCACUUCAAUAUGUGAAACGCUUUAGCCGUUACAAGAAUCCCGAUGCUGUUAGACAAGUUCGAGAAGUUCUAAGCAGGUAUCAGUUGGCGGAGUUUGAGCUUUGUGUUCUUGGCAACCUUUGCCCUGAAACUGUGGAAGAAGCCAUUGCCAUGGUACCAUCAUUGAAGACCAAGGGAAGGGUGCAUGACGAUGAAGCAAUUGAGAAGAUGUUGAAUGAUCUUUCAUUAAUCAAAAGAUUUGAGUAGUUAGUUAAUUGUGUAAAUCCGUUUCUAAUGCAGAAUUGCACCCUUUUAUAAUUUAAAGUUACGACUUUAUGGUGAGUUUGUGAUUGGGAUCCUCAACCGUCUUGAGGAUCAUAAACUCUUUGAUAUUUAUAAGGACUUAUUAUGAUUA